CCCAGGAUGUUCCAGGAUGAGGACAUCCCACGAUGUCCCAGGACGUCCCACGAUGUCCCCGUCCCGUAGUAGCGACCCCCAGCCAGCCCAGCCUCACAGCCUCAGCUCCAUCUCCCGCGGUAAUGACCUACUUGGCAGGGGCCGGUGCGUAGUGUUACAGCCCUGCCUUUAUUCCGGACCCCGCUAAGUCCAGUUGGCGGAGGACGAUGCAUAGUGUCCCAGCAGCCCUGCCCUCAUCCCGCACCCCGGGAGGCCCCUCCCCUCUCAGGUUGAACCCUCUGGAAUCCCCGUCCCGUCAGGAAAGGGCAGCCUAAAAAAGCCUCUCCAAAAUGGUCCAGAGCGCCACUCAGAGCAGAGCGCUGUUCCUUAACGACAUGGAGCGCCUGGAGAGAACUCUGUUCCGCCUGGAGCAAGGCUUUGAGCUCCAGUUCCGUCUGGGCCCGACCCUGCAGGGUAAGAAGGUGCGGGUCCACACCAACUACCCUGCGGAGGGCCAGCGCUUCGACCGGCUGGCCUUCAGAGCCCUGGACUGGAUGAACCCCGCGGGCCAUGACGACUCGGACCAGUUCUGUAGGCUGGACCUGCUGGUGGCCGGGUCCUACCAGUACUACUUCGGCUGUGGGGAGGAUGAGAAGGUGGGCAGCGGCUACAUCGUGGUGGACCCGGUGCUGACCGUGGGAGAGGACCACCAACCCCUCCCCCUGGAUCGCAUCACCAUGCAGACCUACCUGGCCAAGUGCCUGGGACCCCUCGACCAAUGGCCCGACCGCCUCAGGGUGGCCAAGGAGACGGGGUACAACAUGAUCCACCUGACCCCCCUGCAGCCGCUGGGCCUGUCCCGGUCCUGCUACUCCCUGUCCGACCAGCUGGAGCUCAACCCGGACUUCUCCCCCCCGGGGAGGAACUACACCUGGUCCGACGUGGGCGGGCUGGUGGAGCGGCUGAGGAGGGAGUGGGGCGUGGCCUGCAUCACCGACGUGGUGUACAACCACACAGCCUCCAGCAGUAAGUGGCUCCGCCUCCACCCCGAGUGUGGCUUCAACCUGGUGAACUCCCCCCACCUGAGGGCGGCCUGGGUGCUGGACCGCGCCCUCUGGCACCUCAGCGGCGAGCUGGCGGACGGGCGCCACGCCGAGAGAGGCCUGCCGGCGCUCAUCCUCAACCAGCAGCAUGUCAACGCUCUGCGGGGGGUGCUGUGGGAGGAGGUGUUCCUCAGGCUACGGCUGUGGGAGUUCCAGCAGGUGAACGUGGAGAAGGCGGUGGAGCAGUUCCACAAGCUGCUCAGCUCCGGAGGGGUGAGUCCUGGCUGCAGUCCAGAAGGCCAGCAGCAGCUCCGGCUGGUGACAGACCCCCAGGGCCGACGCUUCGGGACCGCCGUGGACAUGAAGAGCGCCCUCCAGCUGUUCAGACCUCACAGCUCCAACCCCUCAGACCACCAGGAGUGCUGCGGCUGGUUCAAGAAGAGGCUCCAGGAGCUGAACUCAGAGAGCUACAAGGAGAUGGCCUACCAUGCUGAGCAGGCCACCAACUGCAUUGUGGGAACUGUGGUCUAUGAACGCCUUGCGGAGGACGGGCCGAAGCUGGGACCGGUCACCAGGAAGGACCCUCUGGUCAGCAGGUACUUCACGUUCCCCUUCGAGGAGAUGACCUUUGACCAGGAGAUGACCCUGCUGGGCCAUGAGGAGAAGGCGCGUCACAUCAUGGCCCACAACGGCUGGGUGGCGGGCGACGACCCGCUGCACAGCUUCGCCGAGCCAGGCUCCCAGGUGUACCUGCGCAGGGAGCUGGUGUGCUGGGGCGACAGCGUGAAGCUGCGCUACGGCGCCGGGCCCCAGGACUGCCCCUACCUCUGGGCCCACAUGAGGAAGUACACCGAGAUCACCGCCAAGCACUUCCACGGGGUCCGCCUGGACAACUGCCACUCCACGCCCCUGCACGUGGCCGAGGCCAUGCUAGCCGCAGCCAGAGCCAUCAGGCCCAACCUCUACGUGAUAGCAGAGCUGUUCACCGGCAGCGAGCUGAUCGACAACGUGUUUGUGAACCGGCUGGGCAUCACCAGCGUGGUGCGAGAGGCCCUCAGUGCGGGCAGCAGUCAGGAGCAGGGCCGGCUGGUGUACCGCUUCGGGGGCCAGCCGGUGGGCUCCUUCGUCCAGCCAACCCUGCGGCCCCUGGUCCCCUGCGUGGCCCACGCACUCUUCCUGGACGUCACCCACGACAACCGCUGCCCCAUCCAGCUGCGGUCGGUCUACGACUCCCUCCCCAGCUCGGCCAUCGUCUCCAUGGCCUGCUGCGCCACAGGCAGCACUAGAGGAUACGACGAGCUGGUCCCCCAUCAGAUCUCAGUGAUGGACGAGGAGCGUCUCUACGCCUGCUGGACCCCCCGGGACCCCCGGACCCCCCAGGGCCGGGGCCCUGACCCCGGGGAGGUGGACCUCCAGACGGGCAUCGUGGCCGCGAAGCUGGCCCUGAACCGGCUGCACCGGGAGCUGGCGGAGCAGGGCUUCACUCAGGUGUACGUGGACCAGGUGGAUGAGGACAUUGUGGCGGUCACCAGACACUGCCCCUCCACCCACCAGUCCGUGGUGGCUGUCGCCCGCACCGCCUUCAGAGACCCCCACACACACCAGUACAGCCUGCACGCCCCGCCCAUGUUCAUCCCAGGGCGGAUAGAGGAGGUGGUGCUGGAGGCGCGCACCGUGCAGAGGAGCGGCCUGGACUCCUUCGUGAAGGACGGGAGGAGCAUCAACGGGCUGGUGGACUUCACUGUGGAGCUCCAGGAACACAUACAGCUCAAAGACAGCGCAGUGGUGCGGCUGGCAGACGCCUCGGAUCAGGGCGGCUCAGAGUUCGCUCAGGAGAUCGUGUUUGAGAAGCUCAGUCCCGGCAGCGUCAUCGUCUUCAGGGUGAGUCUGGACCCGGGCUCCCAGGACAUGGUGGGGGCCCUCAGGGGCCACCUGGCCCAGUUCAGCCCCCUAUACAGGACAGGGGCCCUGGUGGACGAGAGCCCCCCGGCGGUGCUCAACACGCCGCUCAGCAAGAUCAUGUCCACGCUGACGCUGGCUGACAUGAACGUGCUCCUGUACCGCUGUGACGCCGAGGAGAGGGCUGAAGGGGGCGGUUGCUACAACGUGCCGUCCUGGGUGCCUCUCAAGUAUGGUGGCUUGCAAGGGAUCGUGUCGGUGAUGGCGGACGUCCGGCCGAAGAACGACCUGGGCCACCCCCUGUGCGACCACCUGAGGCAGGGCGACUGGCUCAUGGACUACGUGGCCAACAGACUGCUGGCCCAGGAGGGCACUCUUCAGGAGUUGGGCCGCUGGUUCCAGGCCAUGUUCGACUAUCUGAGGCACGCCCCGCGCUACCUGGUGCCCUGCUACUUCGACGCCAUCGUGCUGGGGGCCUACACCACCGCCCUGGACCACGUCUUCCGCCAGAUGUCCCGCUUCGUGCAGAGCGGCUCCAGCCUGGUGAAGCAGCUGGCGCUAGGCUCGGUCCAGAUGUGCGGGGCGGGGCUCUUCGAGGCCCUCCCCCCCCUGUCGCCGGGCGUCGCCGACGUGCCGCAGCGCUGCGUAUCCCUGGCAGCAGGCCUCCCCCACUUCUCCUCCGGGGUUUUCCGCUGCUGGGGCCGGGACACCUUCAUCUCCCUCAGGGGCCUCCUGCUGCUAACCGGCCGACACCUGGAGGCAAGGAACAUGAUCCUGGCCUUCGCGGGGACCCUGCGCUACGGGCUGAUCCCCAACCUGCUGGGCCAGGGUGCGGCCGCGCGCUACAACUCCCGGGACGCGGUGUGGUGGUGGCUGCAGUGCGUCCAGGACUACUGUACCCUGGUGCCCCGCGGCACCGACAUCCUGCGCUGCCCGGUGUCCAGGAUGUACCCCACCAACACGUCCCAGCCCCAGCCCGCCGGGGCCUGGGACCAGCCCCUGCACGACGUGGUCCAUGAGGCGCUGCAGCGACACAUGCAGGGCAUCCAGUUCCUGGAGCACGACGCCGGGCCGCAGACCGACCGCAACAUGAGCAGCCAGGGGUUCCACGUGGAGGCCGGUGUGGACCAGGACACCGGCUUCGUCUCCGGAGGAAACCGCUACAACUGCGGCACCUGGAUGGACAAGAUGGGCGAGAGCGAGAAGGCCCGCAACAAGGGGGUUCCGGCCACGCCCAGGGACGGCUCGGCGGUAGAGAUGGUGGGCCUGUGUAAGUCCACACUGCGCUGGCUGGUGACGCUCCAUGGAGAAGGGCUGUUCCCCCACGCCACCGUCACCAUCCGUAGGGAAGGCCGCGACCUGUCGGUGCCGUACGCCGAGUGGGACCGCAAGAUCCAGGAGAACUUUGAGCGGCUCUUCUACGUGUCCCCGGACCCCCUCAGCCCCGGCGACGCCCACCCCCACCUGGUCCACAAGAGGGGCAUCUACAAGGACAGCUGUGGGGCCUCCAGCCCCUGGUGUGACUACCAGCUGAGGCCCAACUUCACCAUCGCCAUGGUGGUGGCUCCAGAGCUGUUCACCGUGGAGAAGGCGUGGGAGGCUCUGGGCGUGGCGGAGGAGAAGUUGCUGGGGCCGCUGGGCAUGAAGACCCUGGACCCAGAUGAUAUGGUGUACUGCGGCGUCUACGACAAUGAGCUGGAUAACGACAACUUUAACCUCGCUAGGGGCUUCAACUACCACCAGGGUCCGGAAUGGGUGUGGCCUGUGGGUUACUUCUUACGCGCCAAACUCUAUUUCGCCAAGAAGAUGGGCCAAGAGACGUAUGAGAACACCGUUCACAUGGUGAAGAACGUCCUGUCGCGCCAUAGUGUCCACCUGGAGAGGUCUUCGUGGAAGGGGCUCCCAGAGCUGACCAAUGAGAACGGGCAGCACUGCCCCUUCAGCUGUGAGUCCCAGGCCUGGUCCCUCGCCACAAUCCUGGAGGUCCUCUACGACCUGUGAGUCCUCCGCGCCCCAGGAGACGACUCCCCGCCUCCCCCCAGGACCAGGGCUCACUCCCUUGGUUACCUCAUGAUCCGUAGGGAUGCUCCUGGUGGAGGAAGGUCUGGUUCCAUUGAACCUGUUGAGCAUGGGACUCCCCAACGAGACGUAUCCAGUGGGUCACCCCCUACGGUCCACGAUGGAGAACAACCAGCAUCCUUUCAAAGACAUCACCUGGAGAAUCAAGACCAAUGCAAGGAAGAGCUUUGGAAUUGCAUGUCGCUGUGUGUUGUUGACUCAGUGUCUUAUAAUUAUUAUAAUGUAAUAUUUAUAAUAUAUAUAUAUAUAGAAUACACAAUGAAUCCCAGUCCUCAUAGUGUUGAUACUUCAAUAAACAUGUGGUCUGUAUGUUUCGUCUGCACUGGACUUCUCUCCGACCUGUCUUGCUACAUGUAAAGAUGGUGAUGUCAUAUUAUUUUAAGACUAACCCUCUUAUUUAGCACAUUUUAAGGAUAUUGUUGUUGUUUAACGUGAAGGAAGCAGUAGUCUGAUAAUCCUGCUGAAUCUGUACCACAUUUUAAAGUGGGGCUGGCUUCAGGGUCUGGAGCCGGUCAUGAUAAUAUUAAUAAUGGUCAUGGUUGUUUAUUCUGUGUUGAUGUAAAUGUAUUUUGCACACACGUCAUUCAUACCCAAUUACUAUUUUGAUGAUUAAUAUUAUUUUCAUUUUAAGAUAAAUAUAAUCAAAGUACAAAGGCAACACAUGUUUCUGCUGUUAGGAUUGUGAGGCCGGGGCCCCUCCCUUAUUCUGACUGGGGCCCCUCCCUUAUCCUGACUGGGGCCCCUGGUUGGCAGGGCCCAGGGGCAGGAGGAGGUCGUAAAGAGUGACUGCAGUCAAAGGACUAAAGACAACAAAUUGCGGUCUACCAGGUUCAAGGAUCAUGAGUGGCUUUAAAGUCACACAUUGGAAUAGGAAGUCAUACUAGUCAGUCAGACUUAUUAAGGAACACACAGAGAACAGCUAUUAAUAAUGUACAGACUAUAUCUAUUUUUAUUAUAUGACACUUUUUAUUAUAGUCCUUCCAUGGAUGCAAAAAGGAAAUGGUGAGAAUCAGAGUUGAUUAUGGAAUAUUCUCCAUCUGUCCCUUCUGCUAAAGCCAAUCCUAAGUAAUAAAAGGGGAUAUACUCCCAUGGUGCCUGUUAUCGUUG